AUGGCCGAGUCGGGCUCGAUGGCGGCCAAGCCUCCACAACCCCAUGCCAACCUCGAUGGCCUCGGCAUCUUUUGGAUCACGUUUGCCCUCUCGUGGACCUUUAUUGUCGCAGGCGGCAUGAUCUUCCUCUGGCGGCGUCGCGACAUGCCCAUGUUGAGGAUUCGAGGUCUACCACUAUCUUUCCUUGCUAUUACGUUGCUCCAUCUCUACUGGGGUGCAGUCCAGACCGGCUAUGUCUGGUUCCCUCUUGCUGCACCCGAGAUCGAGUUCUGGAUCAUGAGUGUCUACCUCCCAUGUGGUAUAGCUCUAUUCCAUGCCUCCAACAGCCGCUUUCUCUAUGUCGCCAAGACCCAGAAGGAACUCUUUGCUUCAGACACUGCCUCCAUUAUAAGCACGCCUGCCAAGACCAAGUCCUUUCUCCGCCGGUUUCAAUCUCUCAACUACACGCAAAAGAUUCUAAUCUUUGUGGGCGCGGGUAUGGCUUUUCAGCUCCUACUUACACUCUUUAUGUUCCUCAUUUCGCGAAAGUUCCAUUCCUCCUUCGGCAUCCCAGGUACUGAGGUUACAGGAACCGAAGACGCUCAGAAGUCUCAAAUGCGCAGAGGCUGGGAAUGGUGGCCAUCUGUCUUUUGGCAGUUCUUCUGGGCGUGGAUAGUCGCUCCCUACAUCCUAUGGGAGGCCCGUGGAAUCAAUGAUACACAAGGAUGGAGGACCCAAACUAUUGUUUGCUGCCUUUCAAGUCUUCAUGCUACCCCUAUGUGGCUUGUUGCUUUAUAUGUUCCUGCCAUGUCUGCGGUUAAUAAAUACUGGAUUCCUCCUCAAUGGAUUGCCCUCUCCAUUAUGUUGCUCGAGAGCUUCACUAUCUUCCUUCCCUGCUGGGAAGUCGCUAGAUACCAGACUCUACAUCAGGAGGCCCUCGAGUCAAUCGCUCAAUGGCAACUUAACAAGCGCGUCGGCAAGGCCUCAAGGUCGAUCACCACAAUAUCCACACGGGCAGCUGGCUCGUAUCUGACUGCACAGUCAAAGGAUGGCUCUACAAAUAGCGGCUCCACCACAAGCGACUCCGGUGCGAGUAUCCUCACCAUGGAAGCGCUUGAGUACGUCCUUGAUCGAAACCCUGGGCCUCUUCAGCGAUUCUCUGCCCUCCGGGAUUUCUCUGGAGAGAAUAUUGCCUUCUUGAGAGCCGUCUCUGAGUGGAAGUAUUCGCUUCCUCCAGAGGUUCACGACCCAAUCCAGAUCAAGGAUGCCAAGCUCCAGGAACUUGUCCGCGAACGAUUCAAUAGCGCUCUCCGAAUCUACAUUGACUUCAUCAGCUCUCGGGAUGCUAAAUUCCAAAUCAACAUUUCCUCCCAAGACCUCAAGAAGCUGGAAACUAUUUUUGAGUCGUGCGCCCGCAGUCUCUAUGGGGAGACGCGCGAGGUUGAUCUCGCUACGCCCUUUAACUCCUUUCCCAUGACUACCCCAGUCAGGUCGUCUGCUGCGUCAUCUCACGGUUCCGAGACUGGUAUCAUGGCCGAGUCGAUCAACGAGACGGAUGCAAUUGGAGACAAGGCCAUGUACUGGGGUGAUAUCCCCGACGGCUUCGAUGCCACCGUUUUCCAUGAGGCCGAAGCAAGCAUCAAAUACCUUGUCUUCACUAACACUUGGCCAAAGUUUGUUAAAUAUCGACAAAACCGCAAUUCUUGA